CGGACAGUUUUGAGUUUUUGCUACGGAUUUUGCAGUCGGACUACCGCUUCGCAUCUAUGGCUACGAUCGGAUCGCUCACGGAGUUUGCCGAGGGAGACGGCGACUGGAUUGAAUAUGUCGAGAGGCUUGAACACUUUUUCUUGGCAAACGACAUUUCGGACGAAGGAAAAAAAAGGUCAGUUCUUCUCAGUGCGUGUGGAGCGAGGACCUACAAGUUGAUACGUAACCUGACGACGCCUCGGAAACCCGGGGACUUCAGUUUCAAAGAACUGGUGACGUUGGUGCAAAAUCAUCACUGCCCGAAACCCUCCGUGAUUGUUCAGCGGUUCAAAUUCCACACUCAUUCACGCAAGCCGGGAGUUUCGGUGGCUGCGUAUGUGACGGAGCUGAGACAGCUAUCAGAGCACUGUGAGUUUGGAGGCGUGCUGGAUGACAUGCUCCGCGACAGGUUGGUGUGUGGUAUAAAUGAUGAUGGCAUGCAGCGUCGGUUGUUGGGGGAGCCCACACUGGACUUUAAGAAAGCUUUGGAAAUUGCUCAGGCAAUAGAAACGGCAGCUAAUAACACUAAAGACAUUCGGAAAGCUAACAACAAUAUGCACUCAACCGAGGUGCAUCAUGUAUCUCGGAGUGUGAGGGGCAAACCGAGGGAGCUUUUGGAGUGUUACCGGUGUGGGGGGGCACACUUUGCCAAGGACUGUGUUUUCAAAGACAGUACCUGCCAUAACUGCAAGAAAAAGGGGCACUUAGCCAAGAAAUGCAGGGGCACUAAGGAGAAAUCAAAGAAGGAAUGGAAGACAAAACACAAACUAAACACGCAUCACCUGCAGGGCAUGGCGCCUGAGGAGGAUGAGUGUGUUUUCAACAUGUUUAAUCUGGUUGGCUUUAAUAAGUGCUGUGCGGAGCCCAUCUAUGCCACUGUCCAGGUAAAUGGGAAGGAGCUACAAAUGGAGGUGGAUACAGGGGCUUCAGCUUCGGUGAUCAGCCAAGCCACCUACCACAGCUUGUGGCACUAGGGCGGGGCACCUGCUCUCCAAGCGACUGAGAUAAGCCUGAGACAGUACACAGGUGAAUGCAUUCCCCUGCUUGGUGCAAUAGAGGUGCAUGCAGCAUAUCAGGGUCAAGAAGCUGCAGCAACACUACUGGUGAUGAAAGGGGAGGGGCCUAGUCUGCUGGGUCGUGACCUUCUGCAAAAAAUCCGCCUGAACUGGAGGGAAAUCAGGUAUGUAACGGUAAUAGCAGAGUUACUGGGAAAGUAUGCAGAUGUGUUCAAGAAUGAAUUGGGCACUCUCCGGGGCACCACUGUGAAGCUGUGUGUGGACCCUUUUGCCCGGCCACGCUUUUUCAAACCACACACUGUACCAUACGCCAUGAAGGCCAAGGUGGAAGCAGAGUUGGAGAGACUACAACAGAUAGGGGUCAUUGAGCCAAUAGAGUUCUCGGACUGGGCAGCCCCGAUUGUACCGGUGUUGAAAGAGGACGGAGGGGUGCGUAUAUGCGGUGAUUACAAACUGACAGUAAAACAAGCCUCUCAGCUCGAUGCCUACCCUCUGCCUCAAGUGGAUGACCAGUUUGCCACACUGGCGGGUGGUCGGACAUUCACAAAGUUGGAUAUGAGUCAUGCUUACCAGCAGUUGCUGCUGGAUGAGCAAUCAAAAAAAUAUGUGACAAUAAACACACACAAGGGGCUGUUCAAGUACAACCGCCUGGUGUUUGGCGUUGCAUCCAGUCCGGCUAUCUUUCAGCGCACCAUGGACAAUCUUCUGCAAAACAUUCCUGGUGUUGCUGUUUACUUGGAUGACAUUUUAGUUACAGGUAAAACAGAAGAGGAGCAUCUGCGUAACCUUGAGCAGGUGUUGAAGAAGCUCUCAGAAGCUGGGUUGCGUUUGAACCGCAGUAAGUGUGUUUUCCA